AUUGUUAGUGAGUUUGGAUGUGAAAAUGUAUCUUAUUGGAUGACAGGGCAGGGAUAAUGGUGUCAGGUGAUGCAGCGGCAACCACUACUCUCUCUAUUUUGCCUCACUGUGGAGAAAUCUCUGGUCUCUCAACCCGGAUGCUGUGCCACAACUAAUUCUGCCCAGUGCGCAGCGCUGUACACUGAGCAAGGCGGCGGAAAUAUUUCAGUACCCUUGAGGCGGACAGCUCUCCCCGGAUCCACACGCUGCUGACCGCCGGGCUCCGCCGCAUCCGAGCCUGGAGAGCAGGGGGACCAUAAUUCAUAGCUUUAAAAAAAAAAAAUAAUAAUAAGGUGGGGGGGAGGGUGUAGCCGCCACAUUAACUGCAAACACAUCGUGACCACUUGCACGCCGCUGAAGCCGUAGUGGAAGGGUGAGGAAGAGGGUGAAAGAAAGAGAAAAGGGGAGCAGAGCAGCAUCACUACAGAGAGAGAUGGCGGAGUGCGGGCGGAAGGCGCUGUCUCUCCUGGAAGCGGCCCGCUCCCGGUACGAGAGCCUGCAGAUAUCCGACGACGUGUUCGGCGAGUCCGGGGAUGACAGCAGCGACAAUCCCUUCUACAGCACCUCCGGAGACUCCGACUCCGACAACUACAUAGCCGAGGUUGGCGAGGAGGAGCAGCAGCAGCAACCGAAGCACCACCACCAAAAACGGGGAGAUAAAGACAGCGGACACAGCUGGGCAGCAGGAGGCGGCGGCGGGAGCAGCGGAGCCGGUCCCCCGGGCUCUCUGUCCCGUAGUCAGGCAGAGGAGGAGGGCUGGACGGAGACGCUGCAGGAUGUCACGGUGCCAUCGUACAAAGAGACAUAUGGUCCGGCUCAGAAGAUGCCGGCCACAGCCACGGCCUUGGACUUCUUCCAGCUCUUCGUGCCAGAUAAUUGCAUCCAAAACAUGGUCAUCCAGACUAACAUGUAUGCCAAGAAGUUCCAGGAGCGCUUCGGCUCAGACGAAGGCUGGCGUCCAGUCACAGCCCAGGAGAUAAAGGCCUUCCUGGGCUUUGUCACCUCCACCAGCGUGCAGCGCUGUGAGUCGGUGCUCAGCAUCUGGAGCUCAGGCUUCUUCAGCAACAGGAGCAUCGCCUUGAAGAUGAGCCAGGCGCGCUUUGAGAAGAUCCUCAAGUACUUCCACAUAGUGGCUUUCCGGCCAUCACAGGGAAGCAACCAGGGUCUGUACAAGAUCCAGCCCUUCCUGGACUCGCUGCAGCAGUCUUUCAGCUGCACCUUCAGACCAUCACAGACACAGGUUCUUCAUGAGCCCUUGAUAGACGAGGAUCCAGUGUUCAUCACCACCUGUACGGAAAGAGAGCUGAGGAAGAGGAAGAAGAGGAAGUUCAGCCUUUGGGUUCGACAGUGCACCUCCACAGGAUUCAUCUGUCAGAUCUCAGUCCAUCUGAAGGAGGGCCAGGGUACAGACGGUCUGGCCACCUUGAAGAACAAGCCUCAGCUCCACAGCCUCGUGGCCAAGCAGCUCUGCCAGAACAUCUCUGGCAAGAACACCAUCAUCUUUACCGGGCCAUCCAUCACAAGCCUCAGCCUCUUCUCCGAAUUCAGCAAACAAGAUAUCUACUGUUGUGGUCUGCUGAGCACCAGGAAGAGCGACUGUACAGGCUUACCACAAAACAUGCUGGUCUGCGGCUCCACGCCGGCGCAGCGCGGCCAGUCACGAGUAAUGAUGAAAGGCAGCAUGUCACUGAUCAGCUGGUACAACAAGGGACACUUCAGGUUCCUCACCAAUGCCUAUUCCCCAACAAAACAAGGUAUGAUCAUUAAGAGGAAAAGUGGGGAGAUCCCAUGUCCAUUGGCUGUUGAGGCCUUUGCGGCACACCUCAGCUACAUCUGCAAAUACGACGACAAGUACAGCAAGUACUUUAUCUUCCAUAAGCCCAACAAGACCUGGCAGCAGGUGUUCUGGUUGAGCAUCAGCAUCGCCAUCAAUAAUGCGUACAUCCUCUACAAGAUGUCUGACGCCUACACAGUUAAACGCUACAGCCGAGCGCAGUUUGGAGAAAGACUGGUCAGAGAGCUGCUGGAUUUAGAUGACUGCUCCCCCACACAGUGAGGAGGAGGAGGAGGACAGCAGGAGUGCACAACAAAAACACAAACACACUCACACACACACACACAAUACCCCACAUACAUUUUCAUUACGGUUGUACAGACUGCAGUCUGUGUCUAUGUGAUGAUACUGAAGCUGUGCCAAGCCUAUGUCUCUCUUCCUCUAGCUGUUUUCUGUGGUACUGUAAAUAUUCAUUAACACACGACUGCACACUACACAGUAGAGAAUCAUGAGCCAUGGGACAGUUCACGUGCAUCAACUGUAACUUUCAAUCACACAGAUUUACUAAGGAUUUGUCAGCAGGAGCUAUUUCAUAAGCAGAGAUAAAGGCGGUACUAAUGAAACUGGGACGAAUUCACCUUUAAAUGAUGUCAGCUUCAAGUUUUAACUCUUAACAAGGAGUCACAUUAUUGAUAUGAGCCUGAAUCUCCCGUGUUAGUGUUCAAACAUUGUACUCGUCAGGCUAAAAGGCUACACAAGCUCGAUAUUUACACUCUGCAAAAAACACCUCUGACCCUGUAACAAAGCUUAGUAAACCAGGACUAUGGUGCGUUCACACGCUGCAUGCAUAAAAGAAUCUGAAUUGUGACGUUCUCUUGUUCAGUGUGAAAAUGAUUUCUGCUCCAGGUGGGUUUUGAAACUUUUUUUUUUGUGUGUGUGUGUGUAUGUAUUUAGCAAGUGGAACUGCCAUGUGUGUGCGCGACGUUGAGCUUGAGGAUGUAAAUGUACGGCUAUUGUGACCCAGAUGCGUCGUGUUGCUGCAUACUGUACUCGCUAGAGGAACGUUGCCAGGUGACAUAAAGCCACACCCAGCAGUGUGCUACCAAUUCACAGCCUCCCACUCCAAAUAAUCCCAAAAAACAUUAACAAAUAGACUUUUUUUUUGAUGUCUUAAGUCCCCUCCAAACUUUAAAUAUUGGUUCCAAACGGUUAAUAUUCAUGACUAACACUUGAUUGGUGCACAAAAACAUGUCACCCCUCCCACUUUAAACCAGUGAGAAGAGCACAGACAAAAGCCUUUCUCGUGUGAAACUGUAUCUGUUCCAACUGUUCCAACUUUGGCUGUUGUGUUGGGCAGAUGUUGUGCUCAUGUAGGAGUACAUUGCUCAUAGUAAGGAUUGAGAAAAUGAGUUUUCGGGGUCAAUUAACCCACUACUAACAACAAAUACCAUCAAAUCUACAGCCUACUUUUGUACCAACAACACUUUUAAUGGCAGUUAAACUCAUCUGAAUUUCUCUUUUUUAUUACUCAUGUAGUUAACUGUACUUUGGCUUUGCAGUGCAGAACACGUUCAAAAUGUCCUUGAUUUAAUGUUCACUAAGCCAGUGUUGCCAAGCAACAAGUACAAUCUUGGCCAGUGGGCAGGGGUUUAGAUAAUAUUGCUUGGCAAGAUUUAAGUCCAGGAAGUAAAAACUGACUUACUGGUGGCUUAUAAUAUAUCCCAGAAAACCAAAUGUUGCAAUAAAUCUUAAUGUAGAUAAAAGGCUUUGGGGGCUGUGACUUGCUUUCUCAGUUUGGUGCACAAAUCUCAUCACGAGAACUCCACAAGUCAGCCAACAUUAAUUAGCUGAGAAAUUAUUUGAUCAAAUAAAAAGUGACACAUGAUUUUAUAACUUGAUAGUUACUAUUUCUGAGAACAUUUGCAAGUAAGAAUACCUGGGAUACACUGCUUAUUAUACAUGAUCAUCUGAAACGAAUGGAUACAAUUUUCCUAAUGUGAAUGUUGCUUUCUUACAGUGCCACAUUUCUUGCCAAGUAACUGAUUUCGACCUGCCGUCUCGUUUAGAAGUGUGAGUGGAGAGGCGAGCGUUUAUUUAAUUAAAAUACACUUACUGUCUCCAGACCGUAUACCACACUGCUGUCUGUAGCUUCAAUGAGGACUCUGCAGUCCUCCUUGCUUUGCCUUGUCAUGCAGUCAACAUGUUAUUGUCACGCUGGAAUCAUGUUACCAAGAUUUUAAGUGAAAGGUUUUGAUGUGUGCUUGCUCAAUCAGCAUGGUUUGAUGUGUCAAUACAUAUUACAGUAAGAAGACAGUCUUUGCACCGGUAGAGCAGAGUUGACGAGUGAUUCGCUGGCAGGACUCAUGCACUUUACCCCAUCAUAGUCUUGCACUUUGAGGAGAGUUGUAAAGUAAGAAACAUGUUUAUUAGAUUAGAUCAUUUUAGUUUUCACCCCAAGGAUAGUAAACACCACUCUCAGAAAAAUAUGGAAUAUGGAAAAAUAUGAAGUUCUGUAAAUAUACGUAUGAUAAAUGAAAUGGACUAUAUAAAAAAAACGGCAAUGAAUUAAGACUGAAAAUCAAUGAUAACCAAAACAAAAAAGAUUUUCACUGUAGAUUUAGAGUACAAGGUACAGUAUGUAUGUGUAUAUUUUGUUUACAAAUUAAUGUGAGUGUAUGUCCAUAAUCACUCUGUCACUGAGACUCAAGAUUGUGAUUUUUUUAACUUUUUCACUAAUCCAAAGCAUUGUUGUUGUCAUUGUUGACCCUGUGUGUGUGAACCACUGAAUAUUGUCGUUACGUGUGUCUAAGCACUGUUCACCUUGAAGUAACAAUGGUAAGUUUAGGGUUAGCAUUAGCAUUGAUUGGGAUGAAGUCCAGCUGUAGCCGUUUUUGAAACCCAUCCUGCCUAUGUCCUA